AAUACCGUUUCCGUUUCCUUUUCUUCUCCGUCUGCUACGAAUCAACAUGAGUAAUACCAAGGUAAAAGUAAAGGACAUUCGCGGUGCGAAAAAAGAGGAACUUCUCAAGAAGCUCGAUGAGCAGAAAACUGAACUUUGCACUUUGCGAGUAGCUAAGGUUACCGGUGGAGCAGCAUCCAAACUGUCGAAAAUCCGAGUCGUCAGAAAGAACAUUGCUCGUAUCCUUACCGUGUACAACCAAGCCCAGAAGGAGAACUUACGCAAAUUCUACAAGGGCAAGAAAUACAAGCCCAAGGAUUUGAGAAUGAAGAAGACCAGAGCAAUGAGACGGGCUCUCACUACCGGGGAAACUAAGAUAAAAACGAUGAAAGAACGUCGAAAGCUACGAUCAUACCCCUCACGUAAAUUUGCUCUUAAGCAGUAA